UUUAUUAAAGAAUAAACAUGAGGAGAUAAAUGAAAAAACUAAUGGAACAAAAUGAACCUAAAGAAAUUGUCGAUGAAUAAUUAGUAAAACAAGUUCAUCAAAUAGAACAAUAGAAAAAGUAAAAAUAAGUAUUUUAAAUGAUGGAAAUGUCAGAUUCAGAAGAUGAAUAAAAUCCAGAAUAAUAAAAUGAAGAAAGUUAAACUAAUUAAUCUGAAUAAACUAUUCAAACAUAAAAUGAACAAUCUAACAAAAAUCAAAAGAAAAAGAAAAAUAAAAAUAAAAAGAAGAAAGAAAAAAAAUAAUAAUAAGAAUCUGAUUAAUAACCUUAAUAAAAUUAAGAUGAAGAUUUUGAAUUUCUUGAUAAAGUUUAGGCAGAAUAAACACAAUAACAAUAAUAAUAACUAAUACAAUUUUAAGAUUCUGAUGAAAAUGGUCCUCUAGCUAUUAAUAUUAAGAGAUUAAAUUAUAAUAAAGAAUUACAAUAACAUUUCAAAAAUGCUAAAAUUGCAGGUGGUACUUAAAAGAAAACUCAUAAAAAUACCAAAUAAUAAUACCUAACAUAUAAUCCAGAUAUUAAUAUUCCAUUGCCAGAUAAAUUUAAUGUAAAGUUUGAAAAUUUAAACGAACAAGGUUUAUAAUUAUUUAGUUUGGUUGCUUCCCAAUAGUAUGAGAGACUUUAAUAAGAUUAUACAAUUGUUAAAGGGUAUUAUGAUCCAUAAGCUAUUUUCAAUUUCUUAUAAAUGAAUCCAUCUCAUUGUGAAGCAUAAUUCGAUGUCAGCGAAUACUUUAGAUUGAAAGGAGAUUAUAAAUAAGCAAAUGAGCUAUUGGAAAGAUUACUUUAUAUUUAUGAAUCUAGUUUGGGUUAUGGAUUCAAUAAAUUCUUUGAAAAUGCUUCAGUUAAUCUUGAAAUAGAAGACAAUGUUCAUAGCAAAGUAUUUCUAAUGUCCUUAUUUAAAUUUACUGAUGUUUUAACAAGGAAAGGAUGUUACAAAGCAGCUUUAGAGUAAUCUAUAUAUUAAAUUGAGGUAUUCAAAAAUAUUGCUAAAAUUCUGUCCAACAAAAGAUCCAUGUGGUGCUCUUUUUCUUAUCGAUUGUAAUGCACUUAAAGCCUAACAAUAUGAAUACUUGAUUAACUUUGCAUCCAAUUUUGUUAGAUGUGUCUAUAAAACUAAUAGAUCCUCUAUUGUUUUUAUGCCAAAUAUAAUUUAUAAUUGUGCCUUAGCUAAAUUCUUAGAAAAAGGAGAAAAUCAUCAAUACUCUUUUAAAGAUGAAAACAUAAAUGAAGCUAUUAAUAAUUUCGGUCCUAAUCCUUUGUAAGCAUCACAUUAGGUUCUAAUCAUUUAAGCUAUUCUUUUAUAUCCAAUUGUUCUUAAAUAAUUAUCAGAAAGCAAUGAAUUCAUCAAAUAAAAUGUUGGAAAUCUAGAUAGUUUUAUUGAAAAUCAAAGGAAACCUUUUAAAGAAUUACUCACUGAAGAAUUUUUAUAAAGAGAAACUUAUUUACAUUGGUUCUUAUAAUUAGAUGCAGAAGAUGAUAAUGAUGGAUUCUUAAAAUCUAUUAGUAUUUUUGUUGAAAAAAGUAAAUCAUAAUGGAAAUCUAAUGAAAUUCUUAAAUGGAUUAAAGGGUAUCUUAUAUAUAAAUAUUUGAUUAGUGCUUUGGGAUUGAUUGUUAAUCAUAUUAAAAACCAAAAGUUAGACCUUGGUUCUUUUUAUGAAGAUCUGACUGUUGUUAAAGAAGGAACAACAAUUUAUAAUGAGAUUCCUUUCCAAUAUAGAAGAUACAAGGAACUAUCUAAAAGUCACUUCUUAGAGAAUCCUGAAAGGUAUAAUCUAUUUAUAUUUUUACAUAGAUUAGAUUUCAACAAUAUAUUUGCUGAAAAUAUUGGAGCCUAAUAAUAACAGCCUUAACAAUAACUUCCUGGCAAUUUUAAUCCUCUUAAUGCAAAUCAUGGUUUAUUGUAAGCUGUUUUUGGAACUCUAUUGCCAUGGGUUCAUCAUCCUAAUGCUUAAAUGUGAUUAAUAUUAUAAAUGAGAAAUAGAUAUCUAUAUUAAUUAAACCCUAC